AUGGAGGAAAGGAGAGGAGAGAUUUGGAGAAAGAAAAAAUGCCAGGAGGUGGAGGUGGAGGAGGAGAUGAAAAAAUGGUGGAAAUUGGGACUGGGGAUUCCGAGUGAGAUUCUGGACGAUGAGGAGGGAUACGAUAUAGGAGGGUACAAUAAAGGGUACAAAGGGUUAGGGUAUGAUCUGGAGGGAUGGGAACCGGAACCGAAGGAUUUGAAAGUGACUUUCUCUAAACAAUCCUUCCCUGACGGGCCACAAGAACGGGAACAAAGAUAUCUUGAAGCGAAGCGUUGGAAAAGAUUGGUACAGCCAUUGCAGCAUGAGAUUCUUGCGAUUCAUUGA